GGUGGGGUCAAACUGGGGCCCCUGACUAGAGGGCAGAGCCGAGGCAGUAUGGGCAGUGGCCUCUAGUGACCAGUCCUAUCAUGGGAAACAGCAGUUCCCACAAGAGGACCAAAGCACCCAAUCAGGCCAGCAAGGACAGGCCACCUGAUAUGGACAAGGCCCGUCACAAGCAGUUCUUCAGCCAUCUCAAGAGGAAGAAGGCAAGUCCCACAGCCUCGCAACACACCGUGACCUUCCCUUUCUUUCAAUGGCGAGAGGCUCCUGACCCUGCCCGGGUGGGUGAGAACCCCCGCAUCAAGGCUGGGAAAACCAAGAUCCUGCUGCUUUUCCCGCUGGACAAGCGGCAGCAGCUGGCUGAGGCAGUGGCGGGCCCGUUUGUGCGGCCCGUGCGGCCAACUGAGGAUCCGCUCGGCGCCCCGACGUGCUUCCCAGCCGUGGCGCCUAUGCUACGUGGGGCAGGCGACGGCGUGGACCGGCUCGAAGGCGUGCGCGCACGGGAUAUGAAGAGGAUCCUGGUGCUGCUGCUGCAGCUGGAUGCACAACUGCAUGCGCAGCUGCAGGAGGAGAGGCGUCGAGGGGCAGGCAGGCUGGGGGGCGGGGCCAAGGCCCCGCAGUGCUGGCAGCCGAUGUCUGCGCACGUGCUGACCCAACGCGAGGCCUGCGGCGAAGGUGACCCCCGUGAGGAGCAGCCGCGCAAGCGGCGCCGCUGUCCUCGUCCGCGGCCCUGAGUGUCUGGCACAACCCCUAGCGCCAGGAUUCUGCUCAAUAAAGAGCACAUAGCAAC